UUCUCUACGUUUUUACGUCAACUCUAUGACAAACCGGAGCCGUGAGGUACAGUGGUCCUCGAAACAUGUCUGUUAUCCCCUGGGUUGACCUGCUGAAUAUGACCAGGGAUGGGAAUCUCCCUGCAGCCUAAUUCAGAAAUUUACGUUAUUGCAGCUAGUCGACUGCAGCGUUAAAACAAACAGAGGCAAUCAGGCUCUUUAUUUAUUCAAGAGAAGAUGGCGGAGUUUUCGCCCGUCCUGCCGAUGCGGGAUGGAGGAGGAAGAUUUGGCCAGCCGAUCUUCCCACGGUCCAGGUCCGGUUCCGAGUCGGAGAGCGAACUGUCCCAGAGCCUUGCCCGAACCAAGAUUCGCUCGUACGGAAGCACAGCUAGCGUCACGGCCUCCCUGGGGGAGAAAUACAUAGAGCAUCGGGUUACGGAUAGCGAUACCCUACAAGGGAUAGCUCUCAAAUACGGUGUAACGAUGGAGCAAAUCAAGCGAGCCAAUAAGCUGUUCAGCAAUGACUGCAUUUUUCUGAGGAACAGCCUCAACAUCCCCGUGGUGUCGGAGAAGCGCUCAAUAUUUAAUGGACUGUCUCUGGAGUCUCCCGAUGGGGACGCUGAAGCAGCAUGCCAGGAGGCAGAUACACCCUGUGUUGUGAUGCAGGAUAUUGAGGGACCCUCGCCUCCCCCUUCCUCACCCCCUGUGGACUCCAAACCCCACCAGCCAGAGGAGCUGUCAGCCAAAGACUUCUUACACAGACUGGACUUGCAAAUUAAACGGUCAAAGCAGGCAGCGCGUAGGCUGAAAGAAGAGGAAGUAAGGAGCAAUGAGGAGGACUACACGGCUCCCACAACGUCAUAUCAGGAGAUAUAAAGGAUUACGCUGUCUACCUGCAGGCCUGUCUAAGAUGCACAUACACGCACACAUGCUCACACACAUACACACACACACACACACACAAAACCUCAGUGUUUUUUUCCCUCCUUUGCUUUUACCAAACCAUGUUGAACAAAAGUGUCAUGUUUGCCUUUUAUUUAUUGAUGUGCAGUUAUGGUGAUGUAUACAGCUGGUUUUGUUUUGUAUAGUUUAACUGGGAGACUUAAACAAUGCAGGGGACCGUUUGAUUUGAAUAGCAUCUGAGCACAUGUGCCCAUCACUCAUUUGCUUCUGAAGCUGCUGUACAGAAGCCACCUGCUGCACAUGUCCACACACACACACACACACAUAUACAGCGCUAAGCAAUUCCAGAAGGAUUAGCUUGUUCGACUUGCUAACCGCUUCUGAUGUGCUAAAUCCCCUCCUAGAAUAGUAUCAUUGGAAAGUAUAUUCAGGCCUUCCUUGUCAGUGUUUACCUUGUACGAGCACUCCACAGACAGAAGCAGUGGAUGGACUCAAGCCUUUGAACAUGUUCCAUUUGCCUCAUAGAAGCUUUUGUUUGUCUUUGGGAACAGAAGGGACUGCUCUAUUUUUGAGGUGUGAAUGUAUUAUUUAUGUGUGUGGAGAACUUAUCUAUUACAGCUGUUUUAUUGUGCUUUAAAAUUCUGUUGGUUUUAUUUGGAAAUAUGAGAAUAAAUAUGUAUUUAAACCAGA